AUGGCGUUUGGAGCUCUAGUUUGCACGAUUUUCAUAAUCUUAUGUGCUACCGGCGCUACUUCUCAAGCUAGAGCAGAAACAAAGAUAGCUGUCGACCAAUCUGGCAAAGGUGAUUACUCUACAAUACAAGAAGCUAUUGAUUCUGUUAGGUCCAACAAUGCUGAUCCUGUGACUAUUUUGGUCAAGCCUGGAAGCUACAAGGAGACUAUCACUGUCCCUCCGGACAAGCCAAACAUAACGUUAAUAGGUAGUACCACAAAAGCAAGUGAUGUAAUUAUAACAUGGGAUCGUAAAGGAGAGAUUGAUACACUUGCAACCUUUCAUGUUGCUGCUUCAAACUUCAUAGCACGCUACAUCACAUUUGAGAACACAUUCGGCCCUGGUGAUCAAGCACAAGCAGUCGCGCUAAGGGUCUCCGGCGAUAGAGCAGCGUUUCACGACUGCUCCAUGAAAGGCUAUCAAGAUACUCUGUUCGACGACAAUGGCAAACACUACUACGAAAACUGUUACAUCGAAGGAGUUGUUGAUUUCAUAUUUGGGAAUGCGACUUCUUUCUUUCAAAGUUGUCACAUACAUUCGCCAUAUUCCAAAAAUGGAGGAUAUAUUGCGUCGCAGCGAAGGGGAGCCGCCGCGAACUCUGGAGGGUUUGUGUUCUUCAAAGGCCAGAUUACCGCCGAAGGCGAAAUGAAGACGUAUUUAGGAAGACCAUGGGGGGUUCCCUAUUCUACUGUGAUCUUUGCCUACACUUACAUGGAGAAUGUGAUACAGCCACAAGGUUGGAACAGCUCUUUUGUAUCAGAAGAUGAAUUAAAGAAGAGCUCGAUUUGUGGGCAGUUCAAAUGCGAGGGACCAGGUGCAUCAACAUCUGAUAGGGUUAAAUGGGCGCGAGAAUUCAGUGAGGAGGAUAUUGCACCAUAUUUGACGACGGAUAAUUUUAUCGAUGGAAAAGACUGGCUAAGGUCUCCACCGGUAACUACUUCGCCUCCGCUGUCGCCACCACCUCAAAUGAAGCCGUCAGUACCAAAACCAGAACACCUGCCACCACCGGCACCGGCAAUGAUUCCCUCUUCGCCGCCACCGGUGGCGGUCCCGUCUCCUUCGCCACCCGUACCGUCACCACCACCGGUGGCGAUCCCGUCUCCUCCAUCACCGCAACCGGUGGCGUUCGAGUCUCCACCAGCGGCGGCAAACCCGUAUGAUCCGUAUCCGUCAACACCCGUGGCGCCACCUCCACCGGAAGUGAUACCGUAUCCACCAUCACCGCCGCCGGGGAUCCCGUCUCCACCACCAUUGAUAUGGGUGGAGGAGGCACCACCAGCACCAGUGACGGCAGCACCGCCACCACCAUCAGCAGGGAGGGAGGUUGAGUGGUCGCCAGGUGCACCAAGAUGGAAGAAUAGAGGAGUUGUUGAAGGUGUGAAUAUGUACUUUACGUCGGAGGCUUCUUCACUCUCAUCAUCACCUUUCAGCAGUGUUAAGACGAUGGCUCUUUCCGCAGCGAUUUUACUAUACUUGCUGGUCUAA